AUGCAGAGCGCGCAGCAGUGCCUUCCCCCCCGCGCUCGCCCGCCGCGGCUGCCGCUGCCGCUGCCCGCAGAUGGGGCCGGGGGAGCCGCCGUGGGCCCCCCUUCCAAGCAACUGACUCCGUUUCUCAUCCAGGACAUUCUGCGCAAAGGCGACGCGCGGGAGACUUCCAGCGCGGAGCCGAAGGCAGGAAAGGCGACGCGCCCGCAUCGUUCCCACGGAGCUUCUGCCGGGGAGACCAGCCCGAGCCGUCUCCUCCCACUCGGGGCCCCCCGAGCCCCCGAGACGGACGCGACAGAUCCAGAUGUCCAUCAGCCGAACUGUGAGCGUCCCUCCAAAUCCUUCCCGAGAGCCCCCAAACAGCUGAAGCGUUCACGGGCAGCCUUCUCCCACAGCCAGGUCAUUGAACUGGAGAGGAAGUUCAGCCACCAGAAAUACCUGUCUGCUCCUGAACGAGCUCACCUUGCCAAGAAUCUGAAGCUCACCGAAACCCAAGUGAAGAUCUGGUUCCAGAACAGAAGAUAUAAGACCAAGAGGAAGCAACUGGCAUCUGAACUUGGAGAACUUGAGAAGAACUCACCUCUCCCAGUCUUCAGAGAGAACAAUUUCUCUAGGGCUACCCUAGCACUUUCCGUCUGCCACACCUAUCAGUACAAUCCAUAUUUAUGUUAUCUGAAUGGCUGGAGCCCAAUCUUUUGGUAAAUAACGUUGUCAAUGACCCAGGUCUCUCAGGGAUGUGUAGGUCCUCAUCUGCUCCCUGCUAACUCUGCUACCACGAAACCGAUUGCCCACGUAGACUUUGCAGAGAGAUUUGGUCAACCUGUUUCCUCCUUCACUUCUGGGUCACUGCGGGGUGUCCUCUUCUCACUAUCCAGGUUGAGGGAUUGUCCAAAGAGCAAUCAUGAAUGCAGUAGGGUGGUUCUCUCUAUUUUCUCAAUGCUAGGCAAUCACGCACGCCCGUUAACAUAUCGUGAAAGAAUUGUGGCAUCCUGACAAAGGCAUUGAAACAGGAAAGCCCAAAGUACCACUUCCCAGAAUAAGCUAAUAACUCUGGAGAAUGAUAAUAACAAAGAUACCAGGUUUCAGCUCUAGUUAGUUAGGCAGGAUCAGACAACCUAGCAGUUAUCAGUCUCAAUGAAGGAUAGUAUUUGAAGCUCAGGGAUGAAGUGAGGGGUCUGAGCUUGCUGGUUUUCUUGCAGGCGUUUCAUUACCCAAACGAGGUGACACCAUCAGUGCU